AUGGCUGUGUUCUUCACUGCGGCUCUCCUGGCUAUGACAUGCCCAUUAAUGGCGUUUGACCUGGGACAGUCCACCCGCUGCGUGCCCAUCCCAAACCAGAUGAAGGUGUGCCAAGAUGUGGGCUACUCUGAAAUGCGACUGCCCAACUUUUUGGGUCACAGCAGCCUCGAAAGCGAGGUGGUGCCACGCUCUGAGGACUGGAGGCCUCUACUGCAGACAGGGUGCCACCCCCAGGCCCAGGCCUUCCUCUGCUCCCUCAUCGCUCCUGUCUGCCUUGACACGUUUAUCCUGCCAUGCCGUAGUCUGUGUGUGGCAGUGAGGGACAGCUGUGCCCCUGUACUUGCUUGCCAAGGUCAUGCCUGGCCUGAGGCCCUUGAUUGUGACCGCUUUCCAGCUCAGGAAGACAUGUGCCUUUCCCCUCAGCCAAAAUUCAACCACUUUGUCAAAGACUUGCCCAAACCUGCCUGUCAGAACUGCCCUUCUGUGGAAGACUCUCCUGCCAUGAAAACGGUGCUGGACGCCUUGUGCCAGCAUGACUUUGCUGUGAUUGCUAAGCUGUCCCGUCGUCGCCUGCCCAUGGGAGAGCCAGAAUUUGAGAUUGAGGGCCGAGUGGAGUUCAUCCGCCAGGGGCCUCUGCUCCCCUAUGACACCCAGCACCUUCUCCAACAGUGGCUCCUCAUCAAUGUCCGCUGUGCCCAUGCUCUUGUGCGCCCCGGUCGGGCGCAGCUUUACCUGCUGACUGGUGCUGUGCAGCAUGAUGGCAGCCUGGCUCUCACCCGCCUCUUCCCUCGGCACAAGAAAGAUGUAAACAUUGCAGUGGCCACUCGCAAGUGGAAGCACCAUAGAUGUUGAAUGGACUAAUGCCAAAAUGUAAAACUGGAGCUCUGAAUCUGUGUGUGAAGUGCAGAAUCACACAAGAAGGAAACUGAGUCAAAAUCAAGUGAGGGCUUUGAGGUAUCAGACAGUAUUUUGGCUUUGGGUUAAUGAUAAUUCAUCAAAUGCCAAAGCUAAAAGGAAGAUAGCUAUAAUAACUGGAGCUGGACUCACAAAUCAGUACCCUCAGUGGCUAACUUGCUGUAUCUUAUCUCUGCUCUGAUAGCACACAGCAAUAGAAUGCACUCAAAUCUGUACAUAGUAAUAAUAAUUGUAAAUUGAUUUUAAGUGUUAUUUUGUAUAAUGAUAUAG